AUUACAAAAAGUCAACAAAAAAAAACAUGUCCAUCAAAGAGUCGAUAAAAAGGCACCGAAACGAAGUACAAGAGCUCCGACACUGUUUCCUAACGGAACGGUACGCCAAACAGCCGGAACUGUACGACGAGUGCGACAUACAGAAGCUCCGGUCGACUGAUUGGCCCGUCUGGCGAUUUCUGAGGACCGAGCGAUACAAUGCCGAGACGGCACUGGAAAAACUUGAUCGAUGUCUCCGAUGGCGCCGGGAGUCGGAUAUCAACUACAAACGCGGCGAAGAUGUGCCCAAAGAGUUUUACGAAAUCGGCGGUAUGUUUACCUACAACGAGGACAGGGAUGGCACCUGUGUUAUCUAUAUGCGUAUCAAAGUCAACCUGAAGAUUGCACGGCUGAACAGGUAUAUCAAAGAUUUUAUGACAUUCGUAAUCGAUAGGGUCGACCAGCGGACCAACGAAUCGGGUUUUGUUGUACUCAUCGAUCUGACCGAUGCCGGCCUCAGGAACGCCGAUCUCGAUCUUUGUUCGCAUUUAAUACAUGUCCUAAGGUUUUACUUUCCUGAAGCUCUAAAACACUGUAUCGUAUACAACCUUCCGUGGAUAUUGCGAUCAUUUUGGCCAGUAGUACGUAUGUGGAUACCUAACCGUCACCAACAUUUGGUCCGAUUUGCCAAUAAGGAUGAAAUACAGGACUAUAUCGAUUCGGAACAAUUGCCGAAAUAUUUGGGCGGCCGAUGUAAGCGCCGGUUUGCCGAACCGCCCGACGGUUGCCGAUCGGUACGCGAAAUAUCUGAUAACUGGGGUUUUACUGGCGAUGAAAUUGAUGGCUAUCUGCAGAUAUUUGAACCGCAUAUUAAUGAAACACAACGUAUUCAAUGUUUGGAUUAA